GAGCGAAAUUCGAUUCCUCCGCUACAUCCGCAUGUUUUGUUACGGUCAUGGUGGAUGAGGAUUCCGAUGAUUAUGAGUCCUUACCCAGUACUAGUCCACUGCCACAACACAUGUUUGCAGGUGCAUGUGCAGGUAUAAUGGAACAUAUUGUCAUGUAUCCUGUCGACUGUGUUAAAACUCGAAUGCAGUGUCUGAGGCCUGUUGGUUGCUCUAAUUACCCAGGUUUACUAACUGGUCUGUAUCGUCUAAUCCUUCAGGAAGGAGUACCAGGGUCGCUAAAAGGUAGUGGUGCAGUGAUCUGGGGUGCUGGUCCGGCGCAUGCUGCUUAUUUUGGAUGCUAUGAAAAAAUGAAGUCAACCUUAGCUACAGCUCCCAUAGGAUCGACCCAUGUAAAUCAUAUGAUAGCUGGGACUUGUGCAACUUUACUGCACGAUGCUAUCAUGACUCCUGCAGAUGCUGUGAAACAACGUCUGCAAAUUUACAAUAGUCCUUACCACAACACUUUUGAUUGUCUCCGUCGAGUGUGUUUAACAGAAGGACUCGGCGUAUUGUACAGAGCUUAUUUUACACAAUUAUCCAUGAAUAUACCUUAUCAGACAAUUCAUUUUGUUUGUUAUGAACAUGCUCAGAGUCUAAUAAAUCCAAAUCGUCAGUAUUUACCUUGGACUCACGUUGUAUCCGGAGGUAUAGCUGGUUGUUUUGCUGCUGCUUUCACAAAUCCGUUAGAUGUUUGUAAAACUUUACUGAAUACACAGGAUCGGUGUUUUCAAAAGAAUAUAUGUCUUGGUCACUUCACACAGUCGUCUAAUCCUGAAUUCCGAGGUUUGUUUGGCACAGCGAUGUAUGUAUACCAAAUGACUGGUUUAAGAGGAUUCACUAGAGGUAUAAGUGCUCGAAUCCUAACAGCUGUUCCCGGCACUGCUUUAUCCUGGUCAGUUUAUGAAUAUUUUAAAUGGCGGUUAAAAGCACGAACGAAAGCUUUAGGAUCUGAUUUUGGUGAGACUAGUGGUGGUAACAGUGUUCAUAAUAUUGAAAUUUUACCCAUGGAAAAAAUGCGUGUAACUGCCAGUUCCAAAUGGAUUCCUGAUUCCACUGAUUUGACAUACACAGCAACAGUUAAUACUACAAGUGGACGAUCAAGUUUACAAGAGAAUACUAGAUAAGUCAAAUUAUUACUAUUGCUGUGAAGUAGUAGUGCUACAUAUGAAAUGUUUAAAAUGUUCCAUGCUUUUUAUUCAUCUGCUUCCUGUGAUGAUGAUGAUGAUGAUCAAGUAUCCACACAGUGGAUCAGUUUGUUCACCACCGACAAAACUAGUUUACAGCAAUAAUUGUUUAAGUUACAUAAAUUUCCCCGCUUACCAUACACAAAACUUUGUAUAAAGAGAUGAUUAUUCCUUACAUCAUCUUUCUUGUAUAAUUAAACAUUGCUUUUAUCUUUUCUUUCCUCUAUCUUUUCGUUCAGACUGAUUUUAAUCCAUGUGUACAAAUUACAUUUACUUUUAGUCAUUUCCUGUCUAUUGGUUUGUUUGUUUACCCCCCCCCCCGCCCCCGAGGUUGGCGGUCCAGAGAAAUAUCAUUAUGUUGAUGUGAUUAUUACUACUAAAUAUAAAUAGAUAUUUUGUUGAUGUAGA